UCAGACAGUGCUACCUCAAUUUAAAGCACUUAAAAGACCCUGACCAUCCAAUACUCUAGGCCUAGAGAUGCGGGUGCAGUUUUUCGUAAGGAACAGAAGAAAUAUUCUUUACACAGUUCUUAACUGACAUAAAAUCGCAAGUUAUACAAUUCGCGCAAGAACAUAUUUCUUGUGCGCGUAUAUUUAGUUUACGAAAAAGAACCGGAAAAAGUAACCUGAAUAAUUCGUUCGUGUUAGGCUAAAGAGUCAAAAGUGUGGCACUGUUGAUGUUCCAUACUUAGUUUUAGAUAUUUAGUCCGAUGUCUAAAUCCUGAAAACUGUGCUAGAGAGGAAUAAGGAAACAGCUUAAGGGACUUGCAGUUGUUCCGCGGCUUACAGCACACAUCUCAUUGGAGCAGAAAAAAUGCCAGUAACCAAAGGCAAGCUAGAUAAGUGUGACCAGUCAAGACUGGACCAAAAUUACUCAUUUCUGUUAGGCAAUCUGGAUGCAACAUAUAUGAUGGACCUUUUAAUUGAUCGUGGAAUUUUCGAUAUAACGGACAGUGAAAUUAUCAGAAGUAAGCCAACAACUAAUGACAGAAACAGGACACUGUUGGAUAUUCUGUACAAUUCUGGACCAGCAGCAUAUGGUGUGUUCAGGGAUAUAUUAAAGAAAGACAGUGCUUUUAUUGUACAAAAACUUGAUGAUACUGAACUUGUUACUAAAGAUAAUAGAAGUCAAGGACAAAUAUUGAAAGAUGAGCUCACAGACCAUCAGAAGGCACAUCGACUGACAGAGCUGGAUCUCCUCUUCUUUUCCAAAUCGUUUUCGACAGCGAUUAUGUCUGUCGCAGCUGGAUUAAAUAUCAGUCAGAUGGAGGUACAACAAAUUCAGUUAUCUAAUCAAUACGGUGGUACACUUAACCACAAUCAGUCCAUGUUGAUCAAGUGGAGAAACAAGACGGGUAGAGCUGCGACAUUAUUGGCCAUUUUGGAGGCUUUUGUUAAAGCGGAGGAAGUUGGCGGUGAAAUUGACUGGAGCAUUGUUGAAACAGGCGUUAAACGAAUACAAUGACAAGAUGUUGAAUGUAAUAAUAAUCCUGUAAGAUUAGGUUGGAUCCAUAUUUUAAUUGAUAAUACUUAAUACAUGUUCAUAUUCUUUUCUUGGAAAUAGAAUCUUUGUAAACGACAACUUUUAACAAAUAUAGAGCCUACAUAUUUGAUAUGGUGGAUAAAAAGGUCAUUUUACCCUUUUUGUAUUUCUUGUGUCGCUUGAGAAAAAAGCAACAUGUGAAAGAAAACAGCGAAAAUUAAAAAAUCUCAUUCAGAAUUAUCACAACUUCACAAGCCAAGGGUAUUCAAUAUGAUAUUCUCCUCUUUUGAGAAGUAGAGUAUAGUAUUGAAAUCCUUGGCUAGCGAAGUUGGAAUGAUCCAAGUGGCACACGAUCCUUAGGCAAUAGCAUGCUGGCAUGAAGGGAUAACAAGGUUGUUUAAAGGAAUAAAUGUCAUCUGUUUUAUUUUUUUGGUCAUUGGAUUAAAUAUAUUCAGAAUCAAACAAUUUCUGAAUAAUAUAAUAUGGUAUAAGCAUGGGUAUCCAAUGACUAUUUUUAAAGGUUCAGAGAGAUAAUUAUGUUAUAAUCUUUCAAUGAGGAUUCACGAUAAGUAGAGUGUUUACAAAUUGUUCCAGCAGACGUAUACCUGUUGACACGGAUGAUUUACCCAGACUUUAUUUCUCCACCUGGUGAGAAAAACGUCCAGAUUACUGCGUGAAUUUUACUCAAAAAUUGUUACGGAUAUCCAUUCCCGGACAUUUCCAUCCGGAUUGUGAGUUUUCCGGACUAUCAAUGUCCAGAUUAUCAAAAGUCCCGUACUGUACUGUGAAGAAAACACCGCUGAUGUUUGAUGUAUUUAAAAUCAAUUUUACAUUGGGUCUCGAUGGUAGCCAACAUAAUGAAGCGAGUAGUAGUAGAGUGAUUCAGGCCCAUUGGACCUCUUAUUUCUCUUUUGGUCAUUAGUGAUACAAAGUUGUCUUCAAUAUUAUAUAUACAUUAUAUGUAUAUAUACCUGGUAUAUGUAUAUGCAGCUUGUUUGUUCCUGGUACCGUAUAUGUUUAUGAAGAUUUUGUUCAUUAACCUUGAUUUUAUUUUUGAUGAAUUUCUCAUUUUAGUUUUGGAGAUGAGAUUAUAUAAGAGAAGUGAUAAUUGAAUGUGUCCUUUUCAGAUUCAACUUACAGAUAUGUGAUAAUUUUGUUGGGAUUGUUUGUUUUUCUAAAUUUGAUUUAGAAACAUUACUGAGCACUUAUAGAAGGACGAUUCGUAUCUGGAUGUAUGAUUCUAUCAUGAGGAAUACUGAGAGGCUAAUUUUGAUCAAUUGGUAUCUCCGAUACAUCCAUUUCUAUGUACACAUUCAAUUCAUGCUU